UCACAGAAGCAGCCUCGGCUGUAGCCAGAAGCAGGAGCCUUAGCGCAUGGAAUGUCCAGUACAACCUCAGCCACCGAGUCUGAUGUUCUGAGCACGGUUCCCCUGUCCACUUUCUCACUGAACCUGACCUAGGGGGAGUUGGCCACCUCAUCAUGUCACUCCGAACCUGCUGAAAUAGUAAUGCAUGAGAAUGUCAGCGCUGAAAAAGGUUUUGCCUGGCAUUCUGCAGAAGCAUUGCUGUAUCUUACCAGACAGGAAUACAGAGUCACAGUGUACUCUCUGUGGGGAACCGGAAGAGGAAGAGGGCGGAGAUCUGGUCCAGCCGGGGAUCAGUUUUCCAGGGCCAGCAGAGGAGGAACUAGAUCAGCAGUACUCAUGGUCACCAACCCAGCACUUCAAUGAAGAGAGAUACUCUCCUGCUCCUAGGAAUAUGAAAGGAUUAUCCAGUAGUCGAAAUCAACCACAGUUAUGUUCCGGUCAUACCUGUGGCUUAACACCCCCUGAAGAUUGUGAACAUACCCAUGACCACCUUCACCAUGGGCAGGAGCCAAGACAAUCGUACCUGCUUAGCCCUACAGAGAGCUGCCCCUUGGAUCACCAUCGCUGCUCACCACGGAGCUCCAUCCAUUCCGAAUGUAUGAUGAUGCCCAUGAUGAUGGGUGAUCACAUGUCCAGUAGCACUUUUCCCAGAAUGCACUACAGCUCACAUUACGAUACAAGGGACGACUGCGCCAUGUCUCAUGCUAGCACUAAAAUCAAUCGGAUCCCCGCCAAUCUUUUGGACCAGUUUGAGAAACAGCUUCCCCUACACAGGGAUGGAUUCCAUACUUUACAGUAUCAGAGGACUUCAACUGCUGCAGAACAACGGAGUGAAAGCCCAGGGAGAAUACGACACCUUGUCCAUUCAGUUCAGAAGCUUUUCACCAAGUCUCAUUCUUUAGAAGGCUCUUCUAAAAGUAAUGUCAAUGGUACCAAGAGUGACACUAGAAGUGAUGAUCAUCAUCACGGCCAUCCUUCUAAACAUAGCAAAAGGAGCAAAAGCAAGGAGCGAAAGCCUGAAACUAAGCAUAAAUCUGGGAUGAGUAGCUGGUGGAGCUCUGAUGACAAUUUGGACAGUGAUAGCACUUAUCGAACACCCAGUGUGGUGAAUCGACACCAUGUAGAUCAUAUCUCCCACUGCUACCCCGAAGCUCUCCAGAGCCAUUUUGGGGAUCUCUCCCUAAAGACUUCCAAAAGUAAUAAUGACAUGAAAUGCUCUGCAUGUGAAGGCUUAGCUAUGACCCCUGAUGGGAAAUACAUGAAAAGGAGUUCCUGGUCGACUCUCACAGUAAGCCAGGCAAAAGAAGCUUAUCGAAAGAGUUCAUUGAACUUAGAUAAGCCUUUGAUCCAUCAGGAAAUUAAGCCUGCCUUGAGGCCAUGUCAUUACCUUCAGGUGCCUCAAGAUGAAUGGGGAGGGUACCCCACUGGCGGGAAAGAUGAAGAGAUACCCUGCAGGAGGAUGAGAAGUGGAAGUUAUAUUAAAGCCAUGGGAGAUGAAGAGAGCGGAGAAUCUGACUCUAGCCCGAAAACAUCACCAAAAGUAGCAGUCCGACCAGAGGCGUUGUUAAAGUCCAUUGGACAGAGACCGCUUGGAGAUCACCAAACCCAGAGCUACCUACAAGCUGCAAGUGAUGUGCCUGGUGGUCACAACCUGGAUCCUUCUGCUAACUACAACUCUCCGAAAUUCCGCUCCAGGAAUCAGAGCUACAUGCGGGCAGUCAGCACUCUGAGUCAGGCCAGCUGCGUUAGUCAGAUGAGUGAAGCUGAGAUCAACGGGCAGUUUGAAUCGGUGUGUGAAUCAGUCUUUAGUGAAGUUGAAUCUCAGGCCAUGGAUGCCCUAGACCUUCCUGGUUGCUUCCGAACGAGAAGUCACAGUUAUCUGAGAGCCAUUCAGGCUGGUUACUCCCAAGAUGAUGAAUGUAUUCCUGCAAUGACAUCUUCAAACAUCACCUCAACUAUCAGGUCAACAACAGCUGUAUCAUACACAAGUUAUAAAAAGACACCACCACCAGUACCCCCUCGGACGACCUCCAAGCCUUUGAUUUCUGUCACUGCCCAGAGCAGCACGGAAUCUACCCAGGAUGCCUACCAUGACAGCCGGACUCAGAGGAUCCCUCCCUGGCCACAAGACGGUCGAGGCUUGUACAAUUCCACAGAUAGCCUGGACAGUAACAAGGCCAUGAAUCUUGCCCUGGAAACAGCAGCUGCUCAGCGCCAUGCCUCUGAGAGCCAGAGCAGCUCCGUUCGAACAAGCGACAAAGCUGUCCUAGUGACAAAAGCUGAGGAGUUCCUCAAAAGCCGGCGUUCCUCAAUAGGAAUUCAGGUGGAAACAGCAACUGAUUCUGAUACGGAAAGUAGAGGUCUACGGGAAUACCAUUCUGUUGGAGUGCAAGUAGAAGAUGAAAAACGGCAUGGUCGGUUUAAACGUUCAAAUAGUGUAACAGCUGCAGUUCAGGCUGACUUGGAACUGGAGGGCUUUCCUGGACACAUUACUAUGGAGGACAAAGGUCUUCAGUUUGGUUCAUCAUUUCAGCGACAUUCAGAACCUAGCACCCCUACCCAAUAUGGCGCAGUAAGAACUGUACGGACACAAGGACUUUUCAGUUACCGAGAAGAUUAUAGGACACCAGUUGACACCUCAAACCUUCCCCCACCUGAUCCUUGGCUGGAGCCAUCUAUUGAGACAGUAGAAACUGGCAGGAUGUCACCGUGUCGACGGGAUGGAACAUGGUUUAUGAAGCUACUGCACACAGAAACAAAAAGGAUGGAAGGAUGGUGUAAAGAGAUGGAAAGAGAAGCAGAAGAAAAUGACCUCUCUGAAGAAAUUCUAGGCAAAAUCAGGAGUGCAGUUGGAAGUGCUCAGCUUCUCAUGUCUCAGAAGUUCCAGCAAUUUUAUUGGCUUUGUCAGCAAAAUUUGGAUCCCAGUGCUAUGCCAAGGCCUACUUCCCAAGACCUGGCAGGAUUUUGGGACUUAUUGCAGCUUUCGAUUGAAGAUGUCAGCAUGAAAUUUGAUGAACUCCACCAGCUGAAGCUCAAUGAAUGGAAGCUAAUAGAAUCCCCAGAAAGAAAGGAAGAAAGAAAGGUUCCCCCUCCAGUACCAAAGAAGCCUCCAAAAGGGAAAUUUCCUAUUACAAGAGAAAAGUCUCUAGACCUACCUGACAGACAACGUCAAGAAGCCAGAAGACGGCUUAUGGCCGCCAAGAGAGCAGCCUCCUUUAGACAGAAUUCAGCCACCGAAAGAGCAGACAGCAUUGAGAUCUACAUCCCUGAGGCCCAAACCAGGCUUUAAAGACAGAAUGCUGCAACAUUUCCUUUUUUUAAAAAACAAACAAAAAAAGCUUGUACAGUUUGUCACUUAACCUGGUAAUUUCUGUCUCAUUUUCUCCACUGAAUAUGCCCUUGCUGUUGUGUUCUUCGUGCCAUAAGCACAGUGGAAUGUUUUGAUUUUUUCAAAGUUUGCCGAGCUCAUUGCAAGAAUGACUUCUUUUUGUAUUUAUUGUCUGACUUACAAUCAGCUACAAUGGAUAGGGCUUGGUGAGACCCGACUUAUCCAAUAUGUUCUCAGAGGACAACAAGAAACACCUCUUGAGAUGGAACCCAGCUUACCUUUUUUUGUUAUUUAUAUUUUUAUAAAUUGUGUGAUUAUUAGGGAUAAGAAUAACAAAUUAUAAAAUGGGUGCAUCUCACCAUCCACUAGAGGCAUUAGCUAACCAAGUAGAAGGUGCUACAAUGGCAAGUGCAUGACAGAAAGACCCCAUGUCUCUCAACUCCAGUUUUCUUUUCUUCCAGUCCAACUAAAUUAUUUGCCCAUGUACGCUGCCAUUCUCUUCAUCUUUGUUACUAUGGGAAAACAUUAAGCCUUUCAUGUAAUAUCAAGUUUUGGGAAAUGAAAAGGGAUCUAUCUAGAUGUUAUUCUGUACACAUAGACAGGUAGCCUUCCAAACGCCCAGAAGUCUAGCCUUCUAAAGAUAUCUGGUAAGAUUUUUUUUUCCAGGAAUCAAAUCAUCAUUUUCCAAAAAAACAAGCUUAAUUUUAAUGCAAAAAGACUGACAAACAAUGGAUAAAAAAACAGUGGGUAGCCUUAAAGCAUCUCUUCCAUAGCAAAGCAUAAAAGCAAAGUUGUACUUAUUCCUAGGAAAUAGUUAUUGUCAUUUCAAUUCUUUUCAUGGGUUUGUUUUUAUCAUUCAUAUUUAAUUUUAAUUUCACCAAUUAUAUUACAUGUGAUAGGUCGUUUUUUCAAAUUGCUGUUAUCAGUUAAACUUCCAGGGUAUCCUUGAAAAGAAAAGUUUGCUUGUUUAAAAUGCCAGUUGUGAUGUUGUAACCAGUUUAAGAAGUUUGAAUGUGAGUGGUAAGUAUAUCUCAGUUUAAAUGGUAAAGGUGAAAUGUAGCUUACAUUUGAAUCUUUUUUUUUUUUUUCAGAACUCUUUUUCCUAUGCAGUAUCAGCUAAGGCAAGUACCUUGCUUAUAAAGACAUAAAGAAAUUAAUUCAAGAAUUAAGGGAUUUCCAGCUCUGGAAUUUAAGAAGCAUUAGCAAGUUUUAUGACACUGACUGACAUGAACAAAAACAGGAGAUAGUUUAGUCAAGUAACUUUCAAUACUGAAUUAAGUUUAGAUACAGUUUUCUUUCUUCCAGCUUCCCACUGGAAAUGAGGACUUUUAACUUAUAGAUUUCUCUCUCCAAAGGAAGAUCUCCCCAAAAAUAUAUAUCUAAUGGAGCCCAAUCUCCACAUGAAUUAAGUUGAAAUGCAGGAGUAUUUAUUCCAGUUUCCCACUGGAAAGUGAGUGUCCUAAAUCAUAAACCCUCUCCAAAGGAAGACCCAAUAAGGUGGAUCUAAUAGAUCCCAGUUUCCUCUGACUUUGGAUGACUCCUCUAUGUUAAAGCAGAAUGGCAACAUAUGAAAGAUAUUUUGAACAACAUCAUGUUUUCUGUUUACCUGCUUUAACAAAUACCAUGUAGUUAGCCAUACACAGAACAGCUUCUCAAUUAUACUAUAGCACUUUUUUAUUGUGGGGUUUUUUUCCACCUUGAUUAGCACUUUAAAGAAGUACUCAGCUCACUCUGCAGCCUGCCACAUUACAAGCAUUAAGUAGCAAAGGUUGCAUAGCUUAUAAAAAUUUAGACAUUGAUUAACAAUUAAGUUUUUCUUUGUUCUUUUGGCUUUUUUUCUUUUUGUUCCAAAUAUGUUCCACCUAGCAUGAGAUCCAUUUGGAGCACAGUUGAUAUUAAAGCAUGUUUAGCUUCAAAGUUUGAAUUUUUAAAGCUGAGUAGUUAAGGAUUUCCUGUAAGGCCAAAACUCUGUAAAUUGAGCCUCAUACCUGGUAUAUAUUUUACCAAACAGCCUUAAACAAUAUUUGGAAGCAAAAACCAAGACGAAUGUAUAUCCUUUAAAAUAAUGCAAAAAAUCCCUUACAUAUUCUUCUAUAAAUGAGUAUUCUAUCCCCAGAGUGUUCAAAGCAUUUUCUACGUAAAGAAAGAGCUGAAUCCUGGGUAGUGUACAAUACUGAUGCUGCUUCCUAUACUUAUUGUACUAUACUAAAUACAAAUGUAUUUGCAAGUAUUGGCAUUUUAGUCUUUUAAAAUGGUAUUAUUUAAAGUUGAGCUGCUAUUUAGAAAUAAUCUACAGAGAAGCAAAGCCAGUGUAUUUCCUAGGUAGGGGAAAAGUAAAACAGACUUGCACGCAUACAUGCAGACCUAUGUAUAAUUACUGGCAGCUGAUAUAUUUUGCCUAAUUUCCUUUAAUACAUACAAAAUAUAUAAAGGUAAAAUAUAAAGAUUAGGUCAUAACUAUUAAACUUAGAUCCCAGAAGAAAGUACAAUUAUGACUUGAAUGAAGUUAUUCAUCAAUUUUAGAUUCUUUUUUGGUAUUCAGUGUCUUCAUUCUUUGAUUUCUACCAUACCUCCUUCUUCCUACCCUCUCUCCCCAAAAAAGAUGGUAUAUAAUAUAAAUAGAUUAUAUAUAUAUAUACAUAUAUAUAUUUAUGGUUAAACCAUCCUGUGGAUGAACAAAUAAAACCCCACUAAAUUUUACAAUGGUUGUUGACUGAUAUGUUAAGUAUGCCUCUUUGGAGAUGCAUAAUUCCCUCUUUAGUCCACCUGUGUUCCAAAGAAGAUUAUUUGAAAGCAGAUGCCUGCUAUGAGAUGAUAAAAUUUUACCUGUUCAUGAUUCACAUCCAAGUGCAAUAUACUCAACUUGUCAUACAGGUGAUAUUCUAUCAACAAAGCAGAAAAGAAGCCAUGUUCAUUUAUGUGUUGUCCGUUUCACCAAUUAAAGAGAAAUAAAGCAAUCUUUAUAAUACCUGUGUUAUAAGUCAAUCAAGCCAAUUUAUUUCAAUCACUUCUAGCAAAUAAUAAUCACAAUCACCACAAUAAGCCUAUCAUAUACUGUAAUUCACUUCAUUUAGAGUGUACUUUUAAUUUAAAAAAAUAAUAAGACAUGGAACUGAGUGUCUAAAACACAGUUGAAAUUAUUGGCAUAAAAUGUUCUAUGAACAUGAAUUUGAUGUUCUCCAGAAAAAGAUGAUGUUCUCCAGAAAAAGAAUUUGAUGUUCUCCCUAUCUAUGGAAAUGGACAUAUAUAUGUGCAUAUACAUAUCAUAAAGGUAUCAUUGAUCAUUGAAAAAUUAAUAUUACUUUGGGAAUUAUAUUGCUAAAAAACCACAAACCAAUUGAUCAGCUGUAAAAUUUCACAUUUAAAAAAUUUAGUAAUGCAAAGGUUUAUUAGUUAAUUGUAAAAAACAACCAAAAAGAAUAAACAGGAAUCAAAAAUUUGACCUUAACCGAGAAAUAUUUUUAAGAAUUUAUAUUUGCUUAAAAAUACACUGUUUUCAAUGCAAUGAUUUCUUCUUUGCAUUUCUUUCCUCCCUCACUCAUUUCAUUAGAUGCAAUUCUUGUGAAUUAAAAAUGUUACCAUACUUUACUCCUCUGCAAAUUUCCCAGGAACCAAUGGGCAUAAUUGGGUAUUAAUUGGGCAAUAUGUAAAUAAAAUGACAUACUAUUUGAUAAGAAAAUAUCUAAUUUUCAAGUUCAGAUGCAUUGAAGAUUUUGCACCAAAUUAAUUUAAAGUACAUUUAAGUGACUUAAUUUUUAAACCUCCCCCCCAAAGUAGUAUAAUCUACUAUUAACUUUACUAUCUUUUCUUUUAAUAUUAGUAUAAAGAAGUAGGUGAAAUUCUACCUCACUAGUUUCAAUGGGUAGAUAAAAUUUAUCAUUAAAAAACUAUGUUUCACAUUAUGUGCACAGAUAUAUGUACUUUCAGCACCUUCUUUUGAUAUAUAUGUCUCCAUUUUCCUAUCUUAACUUUUCCCCUUUUCUAUCAUUCCUCCAAAGGCAGAAUCCUAUAUUAAUUAUGAAUUUUUGGCACCUCUACAAUUCUCAUUAAGUUUCUGUAUUGUUCUGUUUUCAUGAGGUAUUCCCAUGAUGGAUAAACUGAAAAAAAAUGUUGACCAGUAUCCCAGACAAACAAUUGGUUUGCAUCAUUCAUGAGAUUCAUCUAGUUCUGGCCAAAUUCUUAUGGCUGAGAGUCUUGCCCAAUAUUCUGUGCCUGCUGAUAGAGAUUUUAAUAAAUCCAAAUGAGGCUCUGAAAUAUUUUAAUGGGGCUUUGAAAGAAUACAUAUUUUGUGGGAACAUCUCUCAAAGAUUUGAGUAACUAUGCACAUAAAGAAAUAGGCACAAAUAGGCAAAAGAAUAUAUUUGUGAGGCCUAAAAUGAAAUUCAGGAAUAAGAAUGCUUUAGAGAAUUCAUGACAUCUUUCCAGAUGAUGAUAGUUAAUGCCAUGUCCCUCACUUCACACCAGGAAUCUUGCAGCUUGGAAAAGGUAAAAAGUAGGAUGGAAGUCUAGAACUAACCUUCAUCAACAGGGAUUAUCUCAUACUAGAGCAAAUGUAGCAGGUGAGUUCCUAUAUUGGGCUCUCCUCAUGCAACUUCCAGAAAGUGAAACAUAAAGAAAUAUAAGUGGCAUAGUGGACUUGGAGUAUGGAAGACCAUGUUCAAAUCCUGCUUCAGAUGCUUUCCAGCUGUGUAAUCCUAAGCAAGUCACUUAACUUCUCUAUGCCUCGGUUUCCUGAUCUGUAAAAUGAGAGCUCAGUGGCCUUUCUGCUCUAACUCUAUGAUCUGUUACAUCAUUGUUCUUCUGGAGAGAAGACUGGCUAUUGCAUGGAUAGGAAUUCAGAUAUCUUUUUUAAAUGUAUGCAUAUAUUAUUUAUAUAAGGCAUUUCUGUUUACAUGUCUAAAUUGUAUUCAUUUCACAACUUAACCUGUCCCCACCAAAUCCUUUUGCUUUCUGUCUUUCACAACAAAUUGAACAUAUCAGGUGUUAAGAAAUCAAGAAGUUAGGGUCAGUUAUUCUUAAAUAUAAGGCAUAUAUUUUCCAGGGAAAUUCUUUUAUCAUUUUUAAAUUGACAUUUUAGUUAUACCUUUCACAUUUUGAACAAUAAUUUUUGUGUCAAAUCUCAAAGGUCUAAAUAACUAAAUCAAAUCAGUGUCUGGUACCUUAAGUAACUUGGCACCUUCAUAAGAAAGAUAUAUGGCCAAUUGCAAUUGUACUAAGUUUAUAGUUUCAAUAAGUUACAAGUAUUAAGACAAUUUAACCUUUGUAAUUCUAACUUGAAAGGACUUUCACACCAAGGGGUGCCUGGAUACUUUGAAAAUUGAUAAAGAGGAACAAGUACUUAGUACUUGUUAGUUAGGCAAUCUACUUUUUAGUCUCACAUUAAUCACUAAAUCAUCAUGUAAAAUCAGGCGUGGAUACAUUGUGUCUUAGUUUUCUCAUCUGUAAUGUUGGAAUAAAAACAAUAAUAAUACUUAUUUCUUGCCUAACUCACAAAUAUAUAAUGAGGAUUGACAACAUAAUGUUAAGGUAUGUUGAAGGUAUGCUGAAUUCACAAGAAGCAAGUGAUAAAAGUAUAAUGUAUUGUUAUUAUUAGAUUAGUUACCAAAUUCUAGAGACAUGAAUAUUGAGAAUCAUUAACAGUGUUGUUCUUCUUUAAUGGUUUACAUCGUUCAUAAUGUGAAAAUGCAUUUUUCAACAGGUUUAGAAACCUGCAAAAGACCAGAGCAUGUGAUGUCUCGAAAGAGAACAGGAAGUAUUGGUCAAGUGUACUAAUACUGACCCCAUGCUCUGGUUUGAAAUGCUCCCUCAGCAUUUUGACUUGCAAAGAGCUCACAAAACAGCCUCUCAGUGGGUUGGGAGGUGGGGAGAUAACUCAAGAAAAGUGGAUUUUUUCCCCUGUGCCUUUGGCUCCAAUGUUUCUAGAGUGUUUCCAUGAAUAUGGGCUAGCCACUCGCCCAAAUUAAACUUCAUUCAAAAAACAUUUGGUCAGUCCCUUAAAUUUGCACAUUUCGAGGAUGAAUUCAAGUAAACAUUAAAGAAUGAAAGAAAAUCAAUGUCAGAAAAUAGAGAACCAAGUCUAUGGAGUACAUCUUAAAUAAAAUUAGAUACAAUUAUCAACAUUACCUUGGUAUUUCUGACAAGAGUUUUGGAGUAAUACUCCCAUUCAAUUCUAGUUUGUAGAAAUCCUUAAUUUCAUGACUCAGAGAAACUAGUCCAUGGCAACACUCCAAGAAACAACCACCUUGUCAUGCAAGUGGUCACUGAGAAAUGUCUAUAAUUUAUAUGACCUGCUGUCCUGGACCUUCUAUUUGUAUCCAGCUUUAAUAAAAGAAUUACAUACAAUUUCAAUGUAAACAUUUGAUUAAUGACAUUCUCUGCAAAGGAAGUAUUAUCGACAUAGUAGGAAAUACUUUUAAGAAAUAUUUUGUAUCUACACAAACAAAAGGAACACAGAGGUUUACCUCCCUACUUUCUUAUAUUUUAUGUGACUCUUCAUUAUUGGUGCUGAAUCUGAACCUGAAAGAUUUGAGUCAAAUCUUUCAUAUAUCUAAUGAACAAGAGGAGCUAUUGAAUGAUUACUGCAAAGUUUCUUGAAGUACUAAUUUAUCCUUCUCACGGAGACCAUAAUCGCCACAAAGCAUAACUUUCUUGUCUACUGAAACACACCUGGGGAAAAUGUAAACGUUACUUGUAAUUACCUAUGGAUGCCACCUGUUCAUGCUUUAAUUUAUCUCCAUUGUUUUAAUAUAAUCAUAUCACUUUUAAAGGGCUCAGCAUGUAUGUAUCUUUCAUUCCACUUUAUAUACUAGUUUGCUGAAUUAACAAGGUUUCCCUUGCAAAUAGUGCAACCUAGCCUACUUUGGAAUUCUCCUUUCCAAAAAAUAAGCCACUCUUCCCUGUACACAUUCUUCCUGUACAGAGGCUGAAUUCAUGCAUCCAUCCUCCAUCCUCCAUGCCAAAAUACUCAAAGGUGGCCUAAGGACUAAAUUAAAUGCCUCCUAUAGAAUUUCCAGGAAUGUUAGAACCAGGAAACUAGUUGUUUAGUUAAAGUUUUUUUAAAAAGUAUAUAAAUAUAUAUAUAUAUAUACAUAUAUACAUAUGAAAUCAUAUCAACAAUGAGGAUGAACUGAGUGCCAAAUAGCCAACAUCUGUACAAAAUCACCUGCCACUAGAGUUAACUAUUUUAUGUAAUUCUCUUUCACAUGCUUUUCAGAUUCUUUUGAUAAAUUCGCUUUAGUAGCAUGCAGGAUACUACUCUGAAUGUACAGUAAUUUCCAUUACCACCAUACUUUGUGUAUCUGGGAAAUAACUUCAUUACCAGAAUGUUGGUCAUUCCUUUAAAACACCGAACAAUUGCUUUUAUUUGAGUUGUUUUUUCCCAUGAUCCUUUGUUUACUCUAAGCUGAUUGUAAGGAAAAUGUGCUUCACUAUUGCUCCAGAACUCUUUUAUGAAGCUGCUCUUUCAAUUGAUUUCUGUAUUGCUUAUGUUCAUCUCCUGUAAAUAAUUCUGCAAUUAAAUUUUUUGAGAAAAGUA